GAACCCUUUGGUUUCUGAAGUUAAACUUUCCAUCCUUACUCAAAAUCGUUCCAUAGUUCCUCAACUAACAAUCUCUGCAGAUGGCUUCAUCCAACGAUGUUACCAUGGUUUUACUUGGGCGCACUGGUAAUGGCAAAAGUUCAACUGCCAAUAGCAUUCUUAAAACGAAUGCCUUCAAAGCAAAACGCAGUUCUAAUUCAGUUACAAGGACAACUGAGCUGCAAUCAUCUAUUCUACAAGAUGGCCGAACUGUGAAUGUCAUUGACACUCCUGGGCUAUUUGACUUUGCACUUGAUGUUGAAUAUAUUAAAAAGGAGAUCGUUAAGUGUAUUGAUCUAGCAAAGAAUGGGAUCCAUGCAAUGCUUAUGGUAUUUUCCACUUCCACCCGUUUCUCAAAAGAGGAAGAAGCUGGAAUGGAAAUCAUAAAAGGAAUUUUUGGGCAAGCAAUUACAGACCACAUAAUUAUUGUUUUUACUGGUGGUGAUUCAUUUGAUGAAGAUGAUGAUGAGGCAUUACAAGAUUACUUGGCUGAAUGCCCUAAGCCUUUCCAGGAAAUUCUUCAACAAUGCAAACAUCGAAUAGUACUCUUUGAUAACAAGACUAAGGAUCAAAAUAAACGGGAUUUGCAAGUGUGCAAAUUGAUCUCCCUUGUGAACAAGGUCGUUAGUGAUAAUGGUGGACAGCCAUAUACAAAUGAGCUUCAUACUAAAUUGCAGAGAGAAAUGCAAUGGCAACGUAUGCAACUGGAAGAAGCCAAGUCGAAAGGGUUAAAUGAAAGGGAGAUAUUAAUGAUGCAAGAGAAGAUGCAGAAGGCAUAUGAUGAACAACUCAAACAAGUAACGCAAAUGGUUGAGUCGAGGUUCACGACUACAAUUUCUUAUCUUCAAGAACAACGGGAACGAGAAAGAAUUGCACUAUCCAAUGCAUUACAAGAAGCACGAAUGGAUCGAGAAAAAUCAGCAGUGGAAAUGACAAGAAUUGUCCAGGAGUUAUGUGACCUAAAGCGACAGAAUGAAGAAUUUCAACGGAAAUUAAGACCGGGAAGGGUAGGGGGAGGUGGAUGUGAAAAAUGUCCGAUAUUAUGACAAAAUGUUAAAUUCAUUUCA